AUGAGCGGCCGACAUCGGGUCACUAGGCGGAAGAGCGUCACCAUUAGCCCGGAGCUGAUGCAGAGACGGAACCGCAUCUACCUCUGUGGCAUCGUGCCACAGCAAGGACCUCCUCACACACAAUGCACAAGGCCAUUCUGUCCAAACCUGGAAUUGGCAAAAUGGAGCUACCUGGUGACUGAAUGUAUUACUAUGGCGCAUCACAGUUUGAUGCACUUUAGAGAACCAUGCACUUAUGAGUUUGGCAACCAUGCACUUUACCAGUUCCGUGAUAUUGGUAGAGAUGCCGAUGUUGAGUCAUCUUCUGCAACACUGAUGGAGACAAAGGAGGGAUUCCAGCCAGUUUUCUUUCAGCCAAGGGCAUUGAAGAACCUCAUGCGCAUAGAUGAGAUUGAGAGCCUCAUGCCAGUCAUGGACAUGCGUGUCGCGAAUUUAUUCGAUGAGGAAACACCCCAGUUGUUCACUGCCUGUGGCCGUGGUCCACGCUCCACGUUGCGCAUCCUGAGGCCUGGCCUUGCCAUCAGUGAGAUGGCCCGAUCAAUGCUGCCUGCUGAGCCUAUUGCUGUGUGGACUGUCAAGAAGAACAUCAAUGACAUGUUUGAUGCUUACAUUGUAGUGUCCUUUACUAAUGUCACGCUUGUGCUAUCUAUUGGUGAGACUAUUGAAGAAGUCAGCGACAGCCAGUUCCUGGACACGACUCACUCCCUUGCAGUCACGCUCCUUGGUGAGGACUCUCUAAUGCAGGUCCAUCCAAAUGGCAUCAGGCACAUCAGGGAAGAUGGCCGUGUCAAUGAGUGGAGGACGCCUGGAAAGAAAACUAUUACGAAGGUUGGAUCAAACCGUCUCCAGGUGGUAAUUGCUCUUAGUGGUGGAGAGCUCAUCUAUUUUGAGAUGGAUAUGACUGGUCAGCUCAUGGAGGUAGAGAAGCAGGACAUGUCUGGUGAUGUUGCGUGCCUGGCCAUUGCACCGGUCCCUGAGGGGAGGCAAAGGUCCAGAUUUCUUGUCGUAGGAUCCUAUGAUAACACCAUUGGUAUCCUCUCAUUGGAUCCUGAUGAUUGCCUGCAGCCUCUAAGCGUCCAGAGUGUAUCAUCGGCACCAGAGUCACUCCUAUUCUUGGAGGUCCAGGCAUCAGUUGGUGGUGAGGAUGGUGCGGAUUAUCCAGCCAACCUUUUCCUCAAUGCUGGUUUGCAGAAUGGUGUUCUUUUCCGUACCAACGUUGACAUGGUUACGGGUCAGCUAUCUGACACACGUUCUCGAUUCCUUGGUCUGAGACCUCCAAAGUUGUUCCCUUGUAUAGUUAGCCACAGGCAAGCAAAGCUCUGCCUGUCCAGCCGUCCUUGGCUGGGUUACAUACAUCAAGGCCAUUUUCUCUUGACACCACUGUCCUGUGAUACACUCGAAUCUGCAUCAUCAUUUUCUUCUGAUCAGUGUUCAGAAGGUGUAGUUGCUGUUGCGGGAGAUGCCUUACGUAUUUUCACCGUUGAACGCCUGGGAGAGACUUUCAAUGAGACGACAAUCCCUCUGCGGUAUACCCCAAGGAAGUUUGUGAUUCUACCAAAGAAAAAAUACAUUCCUGUCAUUGAGAGUGAUAAAGGUGCAUUCAGCGCAGAAGAGCGAGAAGCUGCUAAGAAAGAGUGCCUUGAUGGCUGCUUACGUGCUUUUGUUCCUUCCACAGCGUGA